AAAUAAUUCUCUCAAAACAACCAAAGUCCUUUGUUUGAUCGAUUUUCCGAUGGAGGCGGAGAAAAAACCCGUGAGUAAUAAAGAGGUGGCGAAGAAGGCUAUCCUAGUGGGCUGCAACAACUAUCCGAAUCCGAAAGAAAAUCUGUCUGGAUGCCACAACGACGUGUAUAACAUGCACAACACACUGAUAAAAAGAUUCCGGUUUGACCCGAAAAGAAUCGUGGUUAUGGUGGACAAGCCCGGAAGCAAGCAAAUGCCGACUGCUGCGAAUAUCAAGAAACAACUGAAGAAAAUGAUCGAAGAUGCUGACGAGGGAGAUAGGCUGUUCUUCUACUUCUCUGGCCAUGGCAUGCCUAUUUGUCACAAUGGAGAGAUUAAGCAGGCCAUUGUCCCUUCUGAUGACAAUCUUAUUACAUGCAUGGACUUUAGGUACUACGUGAACCGUUUGCCCAAAAAGGCAACGUUCACUAUAAUGGCUGAUUCGUGCUGCAGUGGUGGACUCAUUGACCAAGAACCAGUGCAGGUCGGGCAACCGUACAUUGUUCAGCCUCCUAAAGAUCAGACAUGUGUUGGUGAGAAUAAACCUAAAAUGAUUCCUUAUGAGUCCUAUAUGGCAAACUUGUCGGCCAGGACAGGGCUAAACGAUCCGGACAUUGGAGCGCACUUGUUCCAAUUGUUCGGAUCGGAAGCCAGCAUCAUGUUCAGGCUGCCUCCAGAUCAGCAUCCAAAGCCGUUGAAAAUCGACCAGGGCAUUCUGCUGAGUGGCAGUGAGCCUAGUGAGGACACUAUCGAUGAUCCUGCAGAUAAAAACGGUCCUGCAGGUGGUGCUUUUACUAAAACUGUCGUAGCAAUUCUUAAGGGGCACCCUGCCCCUAUCACAAACAAAAAAUUGGUAAACAAGGCCAGGGGUAUUUUGGGUAACAGGAAAAAGUAUCCGCAGCAUCCGUGUCUUUACUGUAGCAGCAAAAACGCGGAUGCCGUUUUCCUUCGCAAAGCAUCUCAUGGCCUGGCUGAAAUUGGUGAAUCAUCGGAAGAUCGUGUGCUUGAGGACUGAUCAGCAAUAAUUAAGUACUUCUAUAUGAAUAUAUUUCAAUAAGGUUCUCUUAUUAAUAAGUGGUACAAGUUAGAA